ACCCCCUCUUCAUUGUUCCUGCGGCUGCGAGCCGCCUCCCCGGCGGCGCUGCGCGGUGCCAGCAUCUCCCCGCCUCCCCGGCAGCCGCGACACGGCGCCGCCGCUGACGGGCGCUCGCAGGUGAGGGGCGGCCCCUGCCCGCCCGGCUCCGGGGGCAGCUCGGCGGCGGCAGCAGCAGCAGCAGGAGGGCGAGCAGCCGGCUGUUUUUUCAAGUUCUGGAAGUAGCAGGACAUUUGGUUGCUAACUGAUCUGAAACUUGCGCUAAACCUUGGAAAAGUCUGCGGUGGGGAGACAUUCACCUCUACAUACCCCACAGUUCUCUGCAUCAGAAGAAAGGGACUUCAUAUGCAAGAGUGGUUCAAAGUGAUGAUGUAACUUUGAUAACGCUGAAGGUCUGCUAAGAAUAAGUGACUUUGCAAAGGGCUUCUCCCUCCCCUCCUCUUUUUCUUUAUCUUUUUUUUUUUUUCCCCUAAUAACUGCCUCUCUCAGAAGCUACAAGCAAGAUGCCAGCCAAGACACCAAUCUACUUGAAAGCUGCUAACAAUAAGAAAGGGAAAAAAUUCAAACUAAGGGAUAUUUUGUCUCCUGAUAUGAUCAGUCCACCACUUGGAGAUUUUCGUCAUACCAUACACAUCGGAAAAGAGGGGCAACAUGAUGUUUUUGGAGAUAUCUCCUUUUUGCAGGGCAACUAUGAGCUAUUGCCUGGAAAUGAAGGAGAAACCAGAGUUAGUCAAUCUGGUGGCCACAAUGAAUUCUUAAGGGCGAACAGCACUUCUGAAUCCAUGUUUACAGAAACUCCAUCACCAGUGCUCAAAAAUGCUAUCUCCCUUCCUGCCAUUGGGGGUUCUCAAGCCCUUACGUUGCCCUUACUGUCACCAGUGACAUUUAAUUCAAAGCAAGAAUCUGUCAGGUCGUCAAGAAAUCCUAGGCUUAGCUGUGAGCCAGUAAUAGAAGAAAAAUUGCAGGAGAAAAGUACACAGAUGGAAGAUGGUGAGACAUACAAAGAUGAUGUAUGGGAGCAAAAUGGUGGUUCUUCUCAUCUUACUAAUGGUAGAGACAGUCACUCAUCCAGCUUUUCUGAACGAUGCACUGAUUGGCAAACAGUUGAUUUAUUCAAUGACAGUCGACUUUCAUGUGAACUAACCAAGACAAAGACUAAGUCAGAAGAGUCUCUUUCAGAUCUUGCAGGUUCUCUUCUCUCAUUACAGCUUGACUUGGGACCUUCGCUUUUGGAUGAGGUCCUGAAUGUAAUGGACAAGAAUAAAUCUUAGAACUGGUACUCCCUUCUUCUUUAUAAGUGAUUCACUUAAACAAAAAAACAUAGUUCAAAAGUAGAGACACUUAAUCAGCUGUAUUUGCAGUUGUUUGACGGGUUUUCUAAAAAUGUUCUUAAAAUACUAUUUUUUUACCUAUUGUUUUUGAUGAUUUUUGUUACAAUAAAUUCUCAUAGCAGAGGGUAAAUUUUAAUAACAGUUUUCAGCAAAUAUGAAAUGUUUUUAAGUACCAGUAUUAAUGAUCAGAAACUUAAGAAACAGCUUGAGGAUGAUACUGAUUGUGACAUUUGAUUAGUUCAUUUUACAGGCUUCUGAAUAUAUGAGAAUCUCUUUAAGAGUCAGAAAGGAGACUGCUAUUGAUUAUUCACUUUUAUAAAUUAUUACAGCAUCACUCUACAUGUAAGCCUCUUUCUAGAACCUUAUGUUUGAAGGUUUGAUAGUGUUUUUCUUCAUUUUGCAUAGUACCAUUUCUGUUAUACCUUCACUGUAACUACUUUCUUGGUCUUACACUAACGCUCUGUAUUCAGAUGUGAACAAUUUGAAGGCUUUUUCAGCUUGAACACCUGGUCCAGACUCUCAGCUGCUUUAAAUGAGUGUUCACAGAUUUACACAAGUUGAGGCUUGGGCCUGAUAUUGUAUAUGAAAUUAUAUGUUGUAAACAGGUGACACAAGAUAUUAUGGUUAAAUUAUUUUAAAAGUUGAAAUAUAUUUUUUGUGUGCAUAUUGGCUUUUUAACAUGGGAGCCUACAUGUGCAGUAUCUCAUCAAAAUAAUCGCUUGGCGUUAUUGGUGCUCUUCUGAAAAUUGUAUAUUUGUGUGUUUGAAAAGAAAUAUGUAUUGAUACUUCUUGCUUUUUUUCUUCAUUUAUUGCCACACGUGCUUAAACUCGCAACAGAUUAUUUUAACUUUUGAAGAAAGCACUGGUUAUUCACAAUGCUUGUGAUGUGUGCUGCAACAGCCAAUAUUUGGGAAAUGUGGAUCCCUUAAUACAGCACCUACAUGGAUUGCAUACGUAUCAUGUGCAAUACAAUAAACAAAACUUUAAAUUGCUAUGUCUUUGUGAUUUGGUACAUAGCCUCACCAAAAUACAAAGUUGUGUUUUCUGCUGUAAUGAAGUGGACUGCAGUAGAUUUGCAGAAAUAUGGGACCAAGGGGUAGAUAAAUUAUACUAUUUUAAUUCAGCUGAAUUCUCCGAUUUGGUUUACUUCCUGGGGUUUUAAGGGCAGACUCCAUGUAAGUAGAACCCUUUGGGAUAUAUGCUAGUUUUAAAUAAUUGGAGACAAGAAUCCAGUACUUUGGUUCUAGUGAAGGUAAUGGCAAAGUUCCAGAAGCUUUCUCUGAAGUCUUUAGGUAAAAUCCUGACACAGUCUGUAGGCUGUUCUUCAUUAGAUAACCACAUUUAUCUGUAUAUUCCUAUCAGAACAUGAAAGUCAUGGAUGAUUUAAUACAUAUUAUAUUUAUCCUUAAAAUUUCUAGGGAGCAAAUGCCACCUAAUUCCAUUCUUUCAGUGUGUUUUAGGAGCACAGUCAUCUAUUUCCAGCUGAGAUAUUAUUGAGCAUUAAUAAGACAUGCAGCUACAUCCUCCCUAUAUUGUUUCUGUAAGUGAGAUGUAGAAUGGCAAGAACUGUGUUUAUUUUUAAGAUAAUGCUUAAUUGCCUUUGACUUUAUAUUCUGUGUGUGUAAGCCUGGAUUAAAUUUCCAGUGCAUUAUGAUCCAAGAAGAGUGGUUCUGUGACUGUACUGCUUUUUGUAUUCUAGAAAGCAGAUUCAAGCCUGUGCCUGGGCACAUGCUUCUAAUGGGAUCUGGGCAUUUAGAACCCGUUGAGAGUUUAGGCCAGAACUUCUAUUGGAAAAGUCUGUUUGUCGUUAGCAUAGGGGAAAUUUGAAUGAAAUGGGAAAUUAGAUGUUUUCUGUGUAGACCAGUAAUACCAUGAUUAGAACAUGAAAAGUGUUUGCUGAAUGAGAAAUUGUUGUUUUGCAGGACUUUUCAAGUAAGUAUUCUCUACAAUGCAGAAAGAGAUUCUAUUGCAAUUGUAUUAUUUUCACUUUGUCAUGUUUUGCAUAUGAUUUCCUAGAUUACUCUGCUGUAAAAUGUCUCACUAUUGCAGGAGACUUUGGUCUGUGCUAUCCUUCCUAUAUGAUUGCUCUUCUAAAUGAACAAAUCCUCAGGUCUUGUUCAGACUACCCAUUCUUAUCACUAAAAUGAUAACUAUCGCUCCAGGCAAAAAGAAAUACUGUGUUGUGGAGGAGAACCUUUGCUCAGGUCAAGAACAGGACUUUUUCACUGGCAAAGCAGAUUUAAUCUUUCAUUAAAGCCUUCUGUUACUUCCUUCAGAAGCUGGAUCCCUGAAUUGUUCAGAUAUGCUUAGUCUUACAUGUAAAGACCUAGAAGAUGCAAAGUUUAAAUGUGCUCAGCUUCUGUUCUGACAUGGUUUUCUGUAAAAUACUGCUUUUUGUAAUCUGAUCUGGCAUUUCAGCUGUCACAAUACAGCGUGUCAGCUCAAAACCUUGAAUAUCUCAGGCUUGUGAGAAGCUCUGCCUUGAUAAAAUUCUUAGCAGAAAUUAGAGGGAGUUAGGCAAUUUCCUCAAAACCAAGAUAACUGCUGCAAGUUGGCCUUGGAACAGAGAACUAGAAGGAGUUGCCUUGCUUAUUACAUCAAUUUUCUGUAGCCACAGGGAAAAGGAUGCUAACUCUACAACUGCCCAGAAAGGUCUACAGAUGCUUCACAACUCUUCCAGUAUGCCAGAAAACACUUCCCCAUCUCUUCAACUAACCAAAGAAAUACAGUGAAGACCUAAAGAUGUAACUGAAAUGUGCCAGGGGAAGAAAGCAGAAGCCAUAAAACAUAUGUUUGGCGCCUGCAUUAAAUUCCUCAUCUAUACAAUCCUACAAGUUGGACUACGCACAGUAUAAUAUAAAAACAUACCAGAAAGUCCAAUAAUAAUCCGUUUCAAGAACCCUCGACCCCUUGUCCCAGUUCCCUUGCCAACUGAAUUGGGGUGAUCAGCAUUGUACUUGAGUAUGUCACUGGGAGGUAAAGAGCAAAUAGAAUGCUGGGAAGUUUACAACAAUGUAUUAAUCUCUGUCUUUUUCUGAUAAUGACCAAAUCCAAUGAUUUUGAGGAAACUGAAAAGCAAAAUGAACCUCCAAGCUAGAUCACAACUCAAGGAUGGAAAACAGACAAGGAGGCUGGCAGAAACACUGAGACAGGGAUUUGAUGCAAACAUGCAAUUUGUCUGAACACUAUUUCUUUUCAAGUUCCUUGUACAGGUACAUAAAGUAACUAAGGGCUUCCAUAGCCUUAAUUCCCCCCCUGCAUUGACAAAGUUACGUUAUGUUAAUAAAAUUGGCUUGACAUUUGCUUGAAUUCACACCCUUCAAAGUUUAAUGUAUUGAAGGUAUCCAUUUUGUUUCACCUGUUUACCCAUACCACUGUGGAGUGUGUACACAGGACAGACCAUCUGGAUUUCUUGGCAUAUGGGUAUAAGUAACUUUACAGUGCGUGAACGUGAUGAAAAAGAGCAGCGAAUCUGAAAAAAAAAAAGAAAUCGAGUAGAGUCAUAUGUAAUACCUUGUUUAAGGGUGAUUUGAUUACAUGGUCCUUUUUCCUUUUUGCAUUUAUUGGUGUUAAUAAGGAAGCCAGUUUUCAGGGUUAGGGCUGAAGGAUAUUCUUUAAUUUGUGUAAGAAAUUCACAACAAGAACAGGCUGAGGCCAAGUUUCAGAAAAGCAUUGGAGGACUUGACACCCAGAAGGUAUAUCAGCUCAAAUUUUUUUUUCUUUCUUGCUAGAUGGGAUGGGUGAAAGAAUUUCCUGCUAGAAUUCGUGAAAGAAGGGAAGUCAGGCAGAAUAACACUCGCUCUCAGUGCGCGAGUGAAAGAAGGGUGGCUGCCUUUUUUUGUAGAACGUCUGUCAUGGCCGGAAUUGGAAACAGCUUGUUGAUAAUGUCAAAUAUAAAUAAUUCAGCCUAGUAGGGAAGGUGUUGGAGCUGGCAUAGUGAGGCCAAAUAAAGUUCAGAUGAUGCAAGAAACAGCUAAGGAAGGGACACACUGGACUUUAUUCCAAGGCAAGAAAUUUAUGGUGGUUAUAAGCAAAUUGAUUAGAUUAGCAGUGACAUAACAUUUCUGCUUGCAUCUGUUUGCUUUUCAUAUAACACAAAGUACAUUAUUACAUCUGUUUCCUAUAAACACUUUAAUUUCAUAUACUGGUUUUUUUUAGGGGGUUUCCUGACUCCAAAUGUAAGGCUGGAUCUAUCACUAAUUGCUCCUCUCCAGUUAGUGUUUUACAAGUGCUGGAAAAUCAAGGAAGUACCCAAUGCUUUCUGUUUACUUUGAACUCUAAGGUAUUUUCUCCCUGUAACAAUUACA